GUCGUUGCGUUGCCAUUGACAACGAACACUGCGUUCAUCUCGUUCCCAGAGCGUAUAUACGUUACUCGUUAUAGAGCGGAGUUAAGUUCUUUAUUGUAUCAAACACAGGCAGAUAUUUGCUUUGUUCAUCGAGGCCGCAGAGUUUACCUUAAAAAGAUAAGAUGUGAAUGAACCAGAGGUGACAGUUGGUGAAGGGGAUAAACCGUGUCAGCCAAUUAGCCCGCUAGCUAACGGUAGCACGUCAAGCUAAUCUCCUUGCUCUGGAUAGUUAAUCUCUUUUCAUUACAAUUAUCGACCUGUAUUUCAGGUGGAAAUGUGGCCAACAAGCUGCGAAUAGCACACGUUUAAGGUGGACCACAAGUAACCGGAUAACCUGUGUGGAAGAUCUGAAAGAAGAAGAAGAUGGACAUCCAGCUCAAUCGAGUUGAUUAUAUUCAGGUAAAGGUGCUUUAUUUGUCUACACAGCAUUCUGAUUCUCUGACACCUGCCUUUAAACUGAUCUCUAAUCAGUUCACUUCACCUCAGGUAAGUUUCUGUCCUCAGCCAAGUAGUUUAAGGUGUUUUUGUUUGAGUUUAACCAACACAAAGUUAGAGUAAAAAGGAUGAAAACUAGAACACUGUGGCGCUCUUUUGGCUGUGGUUUGAUCAGGCUGUGACUAAAAUAAAUAAACCAGAGCACAGAAAAUCAUGAUUAAUGAAUAUCUGCCUCCAACAGCAUGUUCAUGACCUCCUUGGCAGUCUAGUUGCACCAGCCGAGUAGUAGCUUAUCACAAAUAAGGAUGAGCUGGUAUUAAUUUUAGGUGAGCAAACCCGGCUGGUAAAUUCCUCAGAGGUCACCGAGUUUGAAUUUUUUUUUGUGAUAAUCUUAAUGAAAGGUUCUUUUAGAUUUACAGAGGAACAAUGAUUGAGAAGGGGGUCCAGGAAAAUACUGAGCACACUUAAUCUACUGCAUUCUGCUGAAUAUUUGAUGUUAUUGAUGGUGAAAAAAAUGAGCAGAAGGGAAACUAAAUUAUAAUUUGAUUAGAAACAAAAAUGCUGCUUUCUGCAUGAAGUUACAUUUUGGUAAAUGUGACAGUUCUCAACUUAAUAAAUAAUAAUAAUGCGUCAGAUUUCGUAUGUUGCUUCAUCAGAGACCCUUAAAGCGCUUUACAUUGGAUACAUCAUUUAUUCGCUCACACAGUCACACCCUGGUGGUGGUGAACUACCUCAGAAGUCACAGUUGUCCUGGGAAACAUGGCUGCCAGUUUGCGCCUACAGCCUCUCCGACCACCACCACACAACACUCACAUCAUACAUCAGUGGAGGACACACACUGGGAGCAAAGUGGGUUAAGUGUUUUGCCCAAGGACACAACAGACAGACUAGGGAUAGGGGAGAAUCGAACCGCUAACCUUCAAGUUAUUGGACAACCGCUCUAUCUCCUGAACUACUGCUGCCCCUUAAAUUAAGUUUUGUAUCAACCAAACACAACUUGGCAGAUAAAAUAGAACUGAAAUAGAAUAAAGUAAAUGUGACAAUAAGGACCAGAUUUUAUAAAAUCAAUAAAACAUGAUGUACACAAAAGUGGAAAUAAUCACUGUGCAGCUGUGCAUGAAUGUGCAUGAUGACGUGAGUGCAAAAUGGAGUCCAGUGUGUGUUGAGAAUACGCCGAAAGUUUAGUUCUACUUAUAAAUGUAGUGUUAAGUGAUGAACUAGAGGGUGGGAAAACAAAACAAAAAAAAACUAUUACUGUGGCUGCUUGGUGGUUUUCAUUCUAAGGGAAAGCAGCCCCUUGCCUGGUGAGAGGGUCUGUCAAUCUGUGCCCAAUGCCUAAGGCAGGGGUGGGGGGCAGUCUAACCUCCAUGCCUCAGGUUCCCAGAGGUGUAAAAGACCCAGAGGGAUCAGUCGACUUUAAUAAUACCUGUAUUUAUGCUUUGUCCUCUCAGGUGGGUGUGACAUCCCAGAAAACCAUGAGGCUGCUUCCAGCACUGGGGAAAAAGGCAACACAAAAGGUAUAAACCUCCUCUGAGUUUCUUUGCAUUGUGCAUCAAUCUCAUUGCAUAUUGUUGCAGCGACAUGGUUUUGGUUACCUUCUGUAUUUUUCAGGUUGCUAUUGCUGAUCAUGAUGGAGUGCUGACAUGUUUUGGAAUGAAGAAAGGAGAAGCUGUGGUGGGUUUCCUCAUGGUUUAGGUUAUAUUUGCUCCUCUUUUAUCUCGUGCAUCUGGAUGUGUCUAAUGACAAGAACUUUUUCUCCUUGUUUCAGCCUGUUUUUAAGACACUCCCAGGCCCCAAAAUUUCCAGAAUGGAUCUUGGAGGAGCUGCAGGAACUCCACAGGAGAAGAUCUUUGUUUGUUCUGGUUCUCAGGUCCGAGGGUUUACCAAGAAAGGCAAACAGUUCCUCACCUUUGAAGCCAACCUCACAGAGAGCAUUAACGCCAUGUAGGAACCAUUUCUUCCUUUCGUGAUUGGCUGACACUGCUUUUAUAGACACAUUCAGAACUCUGUGUUUUUGUUGUCUUUCUUCCAGGCAUGUGGCAGGUGCUGACCUUUUUGUGUGUGCCAGUUACAUCUACAACCACUACUGUGACUGCAAGGACCAGGACUACUACCUCUCUGGAGACAAGAUCAAUGAUAUCACGUGUUUGUCCUCAGAGAACUUAACCAACAUUGUUCCGGUCCUGGCGUGCCAAGAUCGAGUUCUCAGAGUCCUGCAGGUUGAAUAAAAAUUUCUGUCAAUAUUUGAUUUUGAUAUGUAAGGUGUUGUACUUCAAAUAUAUAUUAUAGAAUAUAUUUGUCUAUAUUUUUAACACUGCAGGGGUCUGAGCUUGCCUAUGAUGUUGAAGUCCCUGGUCCUCCGUCUGUCUUGGAACUAUACAACAAAGAUGGAGGUGAGUUGUUGUUCCUCCACCUACGCUCAGUACCAAAUUAAACACAAUAUUGCUUCAUGCAGAGCUGCCAUCUGUUGUAACAUCAAAGAUUUUUCUUAGAUGUUACAGGUGAGGACGUCCUCUAUGGAACUACAGAUGGCAAAAUAGGAUUGGUCCAAAUUGGUAAGGGCUCCGCUGCAACUAAAUGGGAGAUUGACAAUGACAAGAAGAAAGGAGGUAAGUUGUUUGCAUGAUAACACCAAGCUUUCAUUUGUUUUAGUCACCAAAUACAAACAGUUGACUCAUUAGGAUUGAUAAAAAAUAUAAAGUUAUUAGAGUCAUAAAUUUUUCAUUUGCAGGUGGUUAGAAACUUUGGGUAACAGUUCCAUCUUGUUUUGUUAACUCUCACCUCUUUAAGUAAUCUCCAUCAUCCUACUCUAUCUCGUUCUCCCUUCAGGAAUCCUGUGCAUUGACACUUACGAUAUUCUUGGAGACGGAGUGAAUGACGUCUUGGUGGGCAGAGAUGAUGGGACAGUUGAGAUCUAUGGUUUUGAAAGCACAAAUGAACCAACGUUACGCUUUGAACAUGUGAGUUUUUUUAUCGGAACAACCUGUCUAAUGUGGAGAUUCUAUUCACUCCAAUUAAUCGAGAGUUUUCCAAAUGAAAGCAAACUGUUUAGAGAAGCUGUGUCGGCUCAGAUUUUAACUGAGUUUGUUAGAGUGUUUUUUGUAAGUUGAAGUUAUUGUGUUUUUUUGCCAUGGACCUUUUCAGCCACAAAGCUCCAUUUCAUUCUGAUUAUUCAUUGCUCAAAAAUUCUUUUUUCUCCACUAAAGGUGUUGUCAGAGAGUGUGACUUCUGUCCAGGGUGGCUGCGUAGGAAAGGAGUCUUAUGAUGAAAUCCUGACUGCUACAUACACAGGUUAGAUUGAAUAAGAACAGCGUCAGGUUUUCUUAUACUGCAGAUGGGCACCAGGGGGAGCUCUAAAUCUUUUGGCUUAGCUGGGUGGAUACUCACUUUGUAUAAGUCUCUGUGUGAAGCCCGUUAUAUAUUUUUACUAAUUACCUCUUUUAGGAUGGGUGACUGGUUUGACCACAGAGCCACAGAAGGUUGAAGCUGGCCCUGGAGACGAGGUCAGGAUGAGUAAGGAGACCCAGUCUAAAGUCGAAGCCCUCAGGUAUCAGUAAAAUUGUGUUUUAUUUCUCAUUACACACAAAGGUCUUUUACCCUGCAGUGAGGUUGAGAUUUAUAACAAAUCUGUUCAUUGGUUAUUUAUCUCCUUCCCUCUCAGGGCCGAGCUUGAGCAACUGCAGGUCAAAGUCCUGCAGGGCCGAGAGCAGUACCAGCAGACAUCUCAGUCCAGCACAGCUGUCUCUGCCGUUCCCAUCUUCAGCAUCAAUGACAAGUUCACUCUCUGCCAGGAUGACGCCAGCUACAGCCUCACUUUAGAGGUGCAGACUGCCAUCGACAAUCUGCUGCUCCAGGUCUGCUGAUUUAUUCAGUCCUUGACAGAAUAACUUGAAGCUUUAGAUCCAGCUCACAAUAAAUACGUCAGGCUGCAGAAAAUACAACUAAAAGAUGAAUCUCCUGUGUAGAGCGACGUCCCCAUAGACCUGCUGGAUGUGGAUAAGAACUCAGCUGUUGUCAGUUUCAGUGAAUGUGAUUCAGAGGUGAGCUGGGAAAACUGUUUCCACACAAGACAGGCAUACUGUAAAAAUAAAAUCAUCUACUCGUUGCUUCUCUAAAAGGACUAAUGGACGUGUUCUGUUUUCAGCAGCCUAAUGGGAACUUCCUCCUGGCUACUUACAGAUGUCAGGCUAACACUACCAGACUUGAACUCAAGGUAACAUGUGCAUCAAAACCCUUUUUGUUGUUGUUGUUGUUGUUUUGGAUGUGUUGAUGUCUCUGACAGUUCUCGUGUUUGUGUGUCAAUCUCCUCUCCCAAAACAGAAAUGGUUGUGUUACAUUAUUUGUUAUGUUGUCAGAAAUAUGCACCCUUUCAAUUAUCAUAAAUGAGUCACUGCAGAAAAGCACUGUCUCUCUUUUGUUGUAGGUGAGGUCCAUUGAGGGACAGUAUGGGACUCUGCAGGCAUACAUCACCCCAAGACUGCAACCCAAGACCUGCCAGGUCCGCAAGUACCAGAUCAAACCUUUGUCUCUCCACCAGCGAAUGCACAGCAUCGACCAAGACAGGUGACUAUAAUAUCAAGUUCUCAUUUAAAUGGGAAUCAGCUAGGACAUUUUAUUUUUGAGGGGGUUGCUUAGAUGGCUUGUAGGGGACUACUACUCACAUCCAAAACAAAAUGCUGGACCAAGCUACACUCUAUCAGAAGAAUGCCAAAUAGCAACUGUGAGAUGUGUGUUUUGUUUCAGAUUAUCUAUCUUAAAAAGUAUUUUUUAAUAUAUGGAAGACUGAAAUUAUAACAGUGUAUUCAGUCUCAUUAUUUUUACUGUACAAAAGAAAUAAAUCUGUCACUCCCUUUCUCUCUGUGUUUCUCAAACAGACCCAUGAACAGACUCAGUCUGGUGGGGCAGUUCAGUUUUGCAGAGAUCCACUCCUGGGUGGUCUUCUGUUUGCCGGAGGUUCCAGAGAAAACACCAGCAGGAGAAAACAUUUCCUUCUAUUUCAAUAACACUUUUCUCGGGACACAGCUUGAAGCCACCUACUGGUAAACAACAGCACAAAGUAGAACAGCUGUUCUGUGCACUGGCUGUACAGGGUUGUACAAUACCAUGUCUAAUGUCUCUCAGAAUGUUUCAAUUAAUGUUCUGUUUAUAAUUUUGCAUUGGAAUUUAUAUACAAACAUACAUGUUUUUGCUCUAAUUUGUCAUUUCAGCAAAGGGGAGGGUCACUUCAGGUCAGACAACAUCUCCACCAUCUCCAUACUGAGUGACGUUCUCUCUAAAGAAGCCACAAAGAAGAAAAUCAAUCUGAACAUUUCAUACGGUACAUAUUUUAUUUUACAGUAUCUGCUCAUGGCAAUUAGUCAAAGAUCUAAUUUGAGUAAAUCUAACCCUGUUGUCCUUUUUUUUUAUUUCAGAUAUUGAUGAUGACUCUGUGAGCCACACCCUGAAGAUGAUACACCCAAAGCUGGAGUAUCAGUUGCUGUUGGCAAGAAAAGUUCAACUCAUUGAUGCACUUAAAGUUAGUAUUUUAGUAAAGUUAGUCAUUUUACCAGAAGCCAUUUUAGUAUGUACAUUUAUUGAUUUAUUUAAUGGUUAUUUAACAGGGACAAUACAUACAGCAUUGCCACUAAAAAUGGAAAAUGUGAUGCAUACAAGAUGUCUGGCUUCAACUAAUUUGCAGUCUUUGUCUGGUCAGGCUUUAGAGUGGGAUUAAAUACAUAUCUUAUGUAUGAUGACAAAACCUCCUUGGUUUAAGGCUUCAAGGUUAUUCAUCGCAGUUGCAGUGGCCUCACUUCUCUCAAAUUUUUGGUGAACAGGAGCUGCAGGUUCAUGAGGGGAACGCUGACUUCCUGAUCCCAGAGUAUCGCAACAUCUUGGAUGAAUCUGCUAAUCUCCUUGAGGAGUACAAGAAGCAGCCUGCACACCUCGAGAGGCUUUAUGGUACAGUGUUUUUAUUGCAUCGUAAACUCUUGUUCUGAUUACAUCUGAAUGUCUUUUAGUCCAUGUGUCAUUUGCUGUUUUUCCCCAUAAUUGUCAGCUUAUUGCUUUUACAUUAAGACUGAUGAUACAGCCCCAAAACUUAAAACAGCACAAAAUAAGCAUCAGCAACAAAAAAGAAGAGCUUGAAUGUGAUGAACAUAACUAAUAUUUUUCUUUCUCUUUCCUGUAGGAAUGAUCACCGACCUGUUCAUCGACAAAUUUAAGUUCAAAGGCCAGAAUGUAAAAACUAAAGUGUCUUCAUUGCUGGAGAUACUUGAAAAUUACGACUUAAAUUCUCUGUUGAAUUUUUUCAAUGAGGUAUGAUAUUAAGUUGAUUAGAGGGUAUAUUUAUGUACUGUUUAUGGUCUGUAUCUGUGCUGUUUUUGUACUAUAAAUGCUUAAAGCAUUCUUUUAUAAUAGACACUACCAUCAGGGGGUGUUAAUGUUAUACUGUCAUGUAGAUACAUUUUGUCCUAUUUUUGUUAUUUAUACUGUCUUGUUGAUAGCAUCUAAAACAGAGGUAAUUACAAGAAUAAAGCCAGUGUAGUGAAGGACUGUCUUUAUGAGUGGCAAAACUGUGGAUUAUGUUGAAAGUUUCAGUAAAACAGCUAAAAGCGCACAGAUUUUUUUUUCUUAUACAAUCACAACAUGGUGAUGUAAUCUAUUCAAAUAAGAGUUGAAAGUAAAGUAAAAUGAAUAGACACAGCUAAGUGUAAAACUUACAGAAAUAAAGCUUCUGUGAUACCAGUAGCCAAAUGUGACAUUGAAUCAUUUUCAACACAAAAUGCCACACCUUAUUUAUUGUUAUCAUUAAACUGAACCACUAAA